CAGCCUGUGUGAAAAGACAAGAGAGCAUGCCAUGCUGUGAUUCAGGCCGAAUUCAGUGGCUGCGUCUGGGCAGGGCUAUAAGCCACUAGCUGCUUCGACUGGUAAUCCAGUCAGUAGGCAACUGCGGGGGUUCGCUGCUGAGGGAAGGUUGACUGAAGGAGGCUGUUCAAUGCUCUUUUUACCUUCCCUAUGGCAAAAAUCAUUUUCAGGCACCUCAUAGAGAUUCCAGUGCGUUACCAGGAAGAGUUUGAAGCUCGAGGUCUGGAAGACUGCAGGCUGGAUCAUGCUUUAUAUGCACUGCCCGGGCCAACCAUCGUGGACCUGAGGAAAAGCAGGGCAGCACAGCCCUCUCCAGUGGACUCUGCGGCAGAGACACUACCCCGAGAAGGCAAAUCCCGCUUUCAGAUCCUGCUGGACGUGGUCCAGUUCCUCCCCGAAGACAUCAUCAUUCAGACCUUCGAAGGCUGGCUGCUGAUAAAAGCGCAACACGGAACCAGAAUGGACGAGCACGGUUUUAUCUCAAGGAGCUUCACCCGACAGUACAAGCUGCCAGAUGGCGUGGAAACGAAAGAUUUGUCUGCAGUCCUCUGUCACGAUGGAAUUUUGGUGGUGGAAGUAAAGGAUCCAGUUGGGACUGAGUGACAUCGUAUCGGUUCCUGUUCCGACGACCCGAGGAAGAUGAUACUGGUACUACAAGAAUGUUUGAUAUUACCCAUAUUUGAAAUGAUUUACUAUGAUUUUUAUGAAGAUUAAAAAUACAUACACAGUUCCUGGUACAUUGAGGUUGUCUUUAUUAUUCUUACUCAGAAAUGAAAAUUGGUAAAUAUGUUUGUGUGACUCAAACUGAUACUAUUCUUACAAUUGCAACGUUGAAAAUUUAGGAGACUGUAUUUGGAUAUUAGAGAGGACUCAGAUUUGUUUCUUAUUAUUUCAACAAUGCCAGCUGCUUUGUAAUCACUGAUGGCAAAAGAGCAGUAGUCAUUUAAGGAAUUCCUAUCCAUGUUAUGGAAAAUCUUUUACAUUGCCAAAGAGUUGUGAUUCCCUUCACUUGA